UAAAGAGUAGAAGAUGCCAUUUUCUUCCAAAAAAAAAGAAAAGAAGAAGAAUCUCGUUCAUCCACUCCAUCUUUUUCCGAAAAAUUCUUCUUUUCAAUUCUACUCCAUUUUCUUCCAAUUUUCCACCCAACUUGCUAGCCCAUCUCAUCCAAGUCCCUUCCUUAGUUAAAAAUUCAAGGUAGGAGGAAGAAUCAAGGAGAAAAUUCAAGGUUGAGGGAGAGAGUGAAUAGUAACCAAGGGUUUGAAAAUUUAAAGAAGUGGAAGAGAAGAAUGGAAACUCUAAAGGAAAAGGAAAGUAAGAUUAGAAAACUUUAAGCUUGUGGAAGAUUUUGGAAGGUUUAAGGUUGUAGAUCCAAGGAGCAGUAGAUCAAGAUCUGCAUUAACUCAGUCAGAGUUACAUCGUUAACUAUAUUGGGAAUGACUGAAGAACAGAGAGAAUUUCAAGUCGGAGAAGAGGUAGAAAGUCAUGUACCGACUGAGGCCAUUAGCCAUGCACCGCCACAGGCUCCUCCUGGUGCUAGAAGGCCAGAGCAGGAGGUCUUAUUACAGCAAUUAACAAAGAUUUUCAGGCAGGUGGCCGGAGUAGCUCAGCCAGUUAUAGUUCCACCACCGGCUCUUGCACCAGCACUAGCCAGGCCGCCUAUUGAUAAAUUGAGAAAGUAUGGUGCUACAGAAUUUAAAGGACGAAAGGAAGAUGAUGCAUCCGCAGCAGAAUAUUGGUUGCAAAGUACAGACAGGGUGCUUCAACAGCUACAGUGUUCCCCAGAAGAUAGUCUCGUAUGUGCAGUGUCACUACUGAAAGAAGAAGCCUACCAAUGGUGGGACACUGUGGCACAGACAGUGCAACCAAUACAGAGGACAUGGGAGUUUUUCUUAAAUGAGUUCAGAAAAAGAUAUGUAGGAGAUAUUUAUUUGGAGGAGAUAAAAAGAGAGUUUAUCUAUUUGAGGCAGGGACGUAUGACAGUAGUUGAGUAUGAAAGAGAGUUUAUUAGAUUGAGCAGAUAUGCCAGGGAGAUUAUUCCUACAGAGGAGGCAAAAUGUAAAAGAUUUGAGCAAGGGUUAAACACUGAGAUCAAUAUGCUUCUAGUUGCUCUUCAGAUAAGAGAUUUUUCAGCACUAGUGAAUGCAACUUUAAAUGUAGAGAAAGUGAGGGAAGAAGACCAGAGUAGAAGACAGAAGAGUCAGCAAAAAAGGACUCACAGUCAAAAUCAGAGUCAAGGACAGAUGAUAGCUUCACAUGGCUCUAGUAAGAGAUAGAAAAGUUUUCAAUCUGUUAGAUCAAGCCAGUCUCAAAGGCAGGGCAAAAAAUCAGCUCAGAGUUUAGCAAGUGGAUCUGUUCAACAGACUGCUUCUGUGGCCAGUUCAGGAGGCUCAGGAAGAAGUCUUCCACCAGAGUGCAACCACUGCAGAAGGAGACUCAUUGGUACUUGCAGACUGCUGAUGGGAGCCUGUUUCAUAUGUGGGUCUAUGGAUCACAUUAUGAGGGAUUGUCCUAAGAAGCAUACAGCCUCAGCACCAGCAACAGAAAGAACUGCACCAGUAACUCAAAAGACCAGAAGCAAAGGUAGAAAUGAGCCGACAGGUACCUCUAGUCAAAGAGUGUCAGAGACUGUGGAUAGACCAGAAUCUAGAGCACCUGCCAGAGCGUAUGCCAUUAAAGCCAGAGAGGAUCAAGAUUCCCCAGAUGUUAUCAUGGGUAUAUUUUCUAUUUUUGGCCAGUCUGUUCAUGCUUUAAUAGAUCCUGGUUCCACACACUCUUAUAUUUGCAUACCUAUCACAAAUAAAAAGAACUACAAGCAGACAUACUAGACCAGGAUAUAGCAGUAACUAAUCCUCUUGGCCACAGUGUAGUUGUCAGUAAAGUAUUUAAAGAUUUUCCCAUCUUGAUUCACGGUCACAUUUUUCAUGGAGAUUUGAUUGAAUUACCUUUUCGGGAGUUUGAUGUGAUUCUAAGAAUGGAUUGGUUGUUUAGACACCAAGUUAUAGUUGAUUGUAGAAAGAAGAGAAUCACGCUAAUGACACUGGAUGGUGAAAAAGUAGUACUUGUGGGCGAAAGAUCAGAUUUUCUCUCCAAUGUUAUUUCUGCUACUGUAGCCAGAAGAAUGAUAAGAAAGGGUUGUGAAGCAUACUUAGCCUGUAUUUUGGAGGCUAAGAAGGAGAAACCUAUUGUGCAAGAUAUACCUACUGCUUGCGACUUCUCUGACGUCUUUUCAGACGAAUUACUAGGAUUACCUCCAGAAAGAGAAGUAGAAUUUGCCAUAGAAGUUGUACCAGGAUCUAUUAAAGCAUGAACAGACCGGCCAAAGAUAGAAACUAUACCCAUGAUAACAUCUGGGGAAUCCUGAUCCUCUCUGGCUUUGAUGGCAUAGACUCUGGCAGGUGCUCUAGAUUUCAGUCUAUCCACAGUCUCUCAACUGGAUAAACUCCCUUUUUCUCUCCUCCAUAUAUAUGUCUCCUACGUAUCUCUUUAUGAACUCAUUCAAAAACAACUCCCAUGUCCUCUGUAUUGGUUGCACUGUCUGGGCCACAGUGUCCCACCAUUGGUAGGCUUCUUCUUCAGUAGUGACACUGCACAUACGAGACUAUCUUCUGGGGAACAUUGUAGCUGCUGGAGCACCCUAUCUGUACUUUGCAACUAAUAUUCAGCUGCGGAUGCAUCAUUUUCCUUUCUUCCUUUAAAUUCUGUAGCACCAUACUUUCUCAGUUUAUCAAUAGGCGGCCUGGCUGGUGCUGAUGCAGGAGCCGGUGGUGGAACUAUAGCUGGCUGAGCUACUCCGGCCACCUGCCUGAAAAUCUCUGUUAAUUGCUGCAAUAAGACCUCCUGCUCUGGCCUUCUAGCAUUGGUAGGCUUCUUCUUACAGUAGUGACACUGCACAUACGAGACUAUCUUCUGGAGAACAUUGUAGCUGCUGAAGUACCCUGUCUGUACUUUGCAACUAAUAUUCUGCUGCGGAUGCAUCAUCUUCCUUUCUUUCUUUAAAUUCUGUAGCACCAUACUUUCUCAGUUUAUCAAUAGGCGGCUUGGCUGGUGCUGAUGCAAGAGCCGGUGGUGGAACUAUAGCUGGCUGAGCUACUCCGGCCACCUGCCUGAAAAUCUCUGUUAAUUGCUGCAAUAAGACCUCCUGCUCUGGCCUUCUAGCACCAGGAGGAGCCUGUGGCGGUGCAUGGCCAAUGGCCUCAGUAGGUACAUGAUUUUCUACCUCUUCUCCGACUUGAAAUUCUCUCUGUUCUUCAAUCAUUCUAUAAUAUUAAAAUUCAUAAAAUAGAUCUGCAUCAGAGUUACUUUAUAUUUUUAAUAUAUAUGGCAUGUACAUAUUCUUAUAUCUAACUGUUUACCCACAUACUGUCUAGAAUCGACUAAACCUGCUCUGAUACCACUAUAUGUAACACCCCCUACCCGGUCAUUUAAUUAACCGUGUUGGAGAUAUCACAUUUUGUAACAGUUCUCUUAUUUUUCCUAUCAUUUAUAUCAUGUAAUUCAUGACUUUUUUUUUCUAAAAAUUCGGCAGAGUUUCCCCUGAAA